GAUGAAUUCUAACUUAUGAUUUAAAGUUAAAAUGUUUACAUCAAGUUUAGUUUUUACCGUUCCGUUUUAAAACUUAACCGUUCAACGUAGUUCUCACGCUGUCCUGUCCCUUUAAGAAAUACUCUUCUAAAUGUUCCCGCGUGUUCUCGCGGUUCUUCAGCGCUUGGCAACGUGCACGCUGUGUCCUCAUACGGACCAAUGGGAUCACCGCCAACGAUCAAGUCCAGCCAAUCAGAACCCAGCGUUUGUGCGCACGUUUGAAAAUCGGCUUGCUUGUAUCUCGUCAGUUUGUUUCUCAAGCUCAACACAAACAAGAGACUGGAACGUUUUUUUUUUUUUUACUAAAACACAUACAAAACGAUACAAGACACAGGAAGAUAAGCACAAGGGACGAGAAGUGAAUGUAUUACGUCUGAAGUGUGCGGCUGCUGUGCGCGUGAUGCCGUCCAGAACUGAAGACUAUGAGGUGAUGCUCACCAUAGGAUGCGGAUCUUAUGGGAAAUGCCAGAAAAUCAGGAGGAAAUCAGAUGGAAAGAUUCUGGUUUGGAAAGUGCUGGACUAUGGCACCAUGGCCGAGGCUGAGAAACAGAUGCUGGUGUCGGAGGUCAAUUUGCUCCGUGAGCUGAAGCAUCCAAAUAUCGUCCGAUACUAUGACAGAAUUAUAGAUAGGACGAACACAACAUUAUAUAUAGUGAUGGAGUACUGUGAGGGUGGAGAUCUGGCCAGUCUCAUCAACCGAUGCAUCAAAGAACGACGAUAUCUGGAAGAAGAAUUCAUCCUGCGUGUGAUGGCACAGUUGUCCCUGGCGUUAAAAGAGUGCCAUGGUAGAAGUAACGGCAGCAGUACAGUUCUGCACCGGGACCUUAAACCCGCAAACAUCUUUUUGGAUGUCAAAAAGAAUGUAAAGCUUGGUGAUUUUGGUUUAGCUCGGAUACUGAACCAUGAUACAAGCUUUGCUAAAACAUUUGUUGGAACUCCAUAUUACAUGUCGCCGGAACAAAUUAACCGCAUGUCCUACAAUGAAAAGUCAGAUAUAUGGUCCUUGGGAUGUUUACUUUAUGAACUAUGUGCUUUAUCUCCCCCAUUUACAGCAUACAAUCAAACAGAACUGGCUGGAAAAAUCAGAGAAGGGAAGUUCAGAAGAAUCCCAUACAGAUACUCUGAUGAUCUGAACACAGUUCUUUCAAAAAUGCUCAACUUGAAGGACUAUCUGAGGCCCUCGGUGGAGUCCAUUCUGCAGAACAGCUUGAUCUCAGGCUGUGUAGCCCAGGAGCAGAAGAGGCUUCAGGAGAAGCAGCGGCGCAGGUCAGUAGAUGUAGAUCCGCCCAAACAUCCAGAGACGUCGCUUCUAGCAGAGCUGCGGCUGAAGGAGCAGAUUCUACGUGAGCGUGAGCAGACCCUCAGAGAGCGAGAGCAGAGACUAGAGCAAAGGGAACAGGAGCUGUGUGUCCGAGAGCAGCAAUCACAUGAAAAGCUGGCCAGAGCUGAGAGCUUGUUGAAGGCAUAUCAUUUGAUCCGGCAGCAGAGGGCACUGUCUCUUCUCAGUGACACGGAGAAUGAAGAGAACAUCUCUCCGGGAAAGAAGAGGGUUCACUUUGCAGGAGAUGGCAAGGAGAACAGCCGACCUGAGAGCAGACCGAUCACUAAACCCCAAGAACAUUGUCUCGUCAAGAGGCAUCAGUGGGCUAAUGUCCAUACACAGGCUCUUGGUGAAGAAGAAAAGAUUUAUUCACCAAAGCUUAGAGAAAUGCAGGGCAUCCGCUAACCAUAAACCAUGGUGUACUACUGAAAGUGGUGCAUUAGUCUGAUCAAGAGGUUUUUUUAUGUUGUGUACAUUAGGAAAUAAGAUUUCUGCUUUUAUUUAUUUGCUGCAGCGGUUGUACAGUGGAACAACACUUCAUUUUUGGUCAUCACACUGGAUUAUUUUAUCAAAGAUAAUGUGUUGUAUUGUCAUUUUAUAGAUGUUUUAUUACUGGGAUGAAUGUUUUAUUUGGAUAUACUGUUUUAUUGGAAUAAAGGGUUGAUAAUAG